AUUAAUUUAGUCAAUAUGUCGAACAGCCAAUUACCAAUUAGUAGUAGGUCAGAAAAAGAGGGUAAUUUUGCAUAUGCAAUGCAAUUAUUGUCAUCAUCAGUACUCCCCUUUGUGUUGCAUUCAACAGUUGAAUUAGAGGUAUUUGAGAUCCUAGACAAAGCUGAUGAUACUCAACUUUCUGCUUCUCAAAUAGUUUCUAAAAUGCCUUGUAAUAAUAAUCCUACUGAAGCAGCCAACAUGCUAGACAGAAUGCUUUAUCUCGUGGCUAGCUAUUCAUUGCUCACUUGCUCUAUUAAUAAUAAUGAACGACUCUACGGUCUGUCACCAGUGGGCAAGUUCUUUGUUCGUGAUUAUGAAGAUGAUGCAUCUUUGCGGCCACUCUUGGCUCUGCGUCAAAAUAAAGUAAUCAUUAACACCUGGUUUGAAUUAAACGAUGCCAUUCUUGAAGGAGGAGUCCCAUUUGAGAGGAUUCUAGGUGUAAAUGCAUUUGAAUAUCUAAAAAUGAAUCCCAUGUUCAGUGAUAUUUUCAACAAGGCAAUGAAUGACCAUACAAUUCUAAUCAUGAAAAAUAUACUGAACAACUACAAGGGUUUUGAGAACAUCAAGAGUUUGGUUGAUGUGGGAGGUGGUCUUGGAAUCAACCUCAACAUGAUUACAUCUAAAUACCCAACCAUUAAGGGUACUAAUUUUGAUUUGCCUUAUGUGGUUCAACAUGCCCCUUCCUAUAGCGGGGUGGAACACGUCGGGGGAGAUAUGUUUGAAAGUGUUCCAGAAGGAGAUGCUAUUUUUAUGAAGUGGAUUCUUCAUGACUGGAGUGAUAAUGAGUGCGUGAAGUUGUUGAAGAACUGUUAUAAAGCUAUACGUGGUAAAAAUGGAAAAGUGAUAGUUGUUGAGGCCAUUCUACCAGUGAAACCUGAUCAUACCCAUGCCUGUGUUAGUGUUUCACAAUUUGAUUUGAUCAUGUUGGCUUAUAGUUCCGGAGGCAAAGAGCGCUCUCAACACGAGUUUCGAGCCCUCACAACUGGAGCUGGAUUCAAAGGCACUAACUUUAUCUGUUGUGUCUCUAACUUUUGGGUUAUGGAAUUCUACAAGUAGCUACUCUACCUCUACUACUCGACUCUGAAUAUCAUCCAUUAACUACUAUGCCACUACUUUUGGACUGGAAUUGCAGCAUAUCAAUAAGAUUAUUGUACUAAAACUUUCUGUUACUUUAUUUAUCUAUGAGUGGAGGGCUGGGGGUGGCGGGAGGUGGGAUGAUCAAGGUGUGAAGGUGGGGGGAUUCAGUGGGAGUAGAGGAGACAAUAAACUUGGAAUGUUAAUUAUGCAACUUGUUUUUCCUAGCUUUAUUAGGAAAAUGGAAAAUGACCUAAAAUAACUUCGAACUAUUGGAAAUGGUAUAAAAAUAUCAUCAUCCAUUUAUUGAGCCUAAAAUAUUCUUGACAUCCACCUUUAGAUCCAAAAAUGACAUAAAAUGCCCUCGAACAAUUAAAAAUGGUACAAAAAUGUCUUCAUCCUUCUAUUGGGCCUAAAAUGCCCUUUUCCGUUAAAGAAAAUGGUUAUUUUUGGACCUAAAGGUGGAUGUCAAGGAUAUUUUAGGCUCAAUAAAUGGAUUAAGGGCAUUUUUGUACCAUUUUCAAUAGUUCGAAAGCAUUUUAGCCUCUUUUCCUUUCGAAAAAUUAUUUUCCUCAUUUUCUAGAAACUUAUUUUUUUAGAGAAAAUAUUUUUCAAAAAUAUCAACCAAACAUAUGGAAAUUACCAAACACACCCUUAGUCGUGAAUGAUUUGGAAUGAGGCAAUUGUAUCCUUAUUUUUUCUCGAUUAUGAAUUGUUAAACAUAAAUUAAUAUAUAGAAUCGUGAAACUAAAAGAUUUUCACAAUACAUAUGUAACAUUAUUUUAAUUAAGAAAA